CUUUAAGUUAGGUGUGACUGGGCCUUCAGUGCACUGUUACUGAUGAAGUCCCAAGUGUUAGGACGAAGGAGUUCACAGCUACGGUAGACCUAUUCCCACACUUAAUACGCCAAAAUGGACGCUGCGUCUUUUAACGAGGAAUUCAUAUGGAAGGGCAAGGCCGUUGUCGUAAUAUUCCCCACGUCGUUCCUAUUCUUUACGGCACUUAAUCGGCUGGUCAGUCAUUACACACCUGAGAAAUGCGCCGGAUACCCAGAUCGCUGGACAGCUUACGUUAUAUCCUGGCUACAUGCUAUUCUGUUUGGCACUCUGGCCUUGAUACUGGUCUUGACAGGCCGCGAGUGGUUUGAGAGCUCUCCCUGGGCGUUCUAUUUACACUGUAUGUCAGUAGGAUAUUUUGCCUACGAUUCUGUUGCUCUGGCAAUAAGUAAGGAACAAAUAGGGAGUUUCGAUGUUUACGCGCAUCAUGUCUUGUGUAUCUUCUUCGGCACGGCUGUGCAGUUCCCCCCAUGUGAUCGAGCCACCUUCUACGCUCUUUGGAAUUACCUGUGUGAGAUAAGCAAUGUCUUUCUGCACGGAAGAAAACUUAUAGCGAUGUUGGGGCGAAGAGAAUCGACGUUGUACAAGAGGCUUAAUAUGUUAUAUUUCGUUACGUCCUUCAUCUUCCGCUUCCCCCCUCAACUCCUCGUCUUUGUGAUGAUGAACGUUGACACGUGGUACACUGGCCAACUGCCGAUGAUUUGUUACGUCAGCGCCAUCCCGCAGCAAACAAUCGUGCUUCUGAUUGGAGUAAAUAUCGCAUAUGAAAUAUUGAAAAGGACAAGACGUGACCUCAAGAAAGUGACUUCUGAUUGACGAGUGAAUGGGAACAAGAUACCCUGAGUGUCAAGGCACAGUAAAAGCUAGCUUGUUAAAUAUUAAAAUAUACCUUGUGAUGGGGUCGCUUUUUUCGAUAUGGGUUAUAUAUGAAAUCAAGAUCGAGCUGGCAAUACGGAAAUCUAGAACCUAGAGUAGAACAAGAUGACUCGUGCCCUAAAAAGAUAACAUGAUAUAAAACCACAUGAUAAGGAUAACUGAUAAAUGUGUCAUCAAAUCAACACAGCGCUACUUUGAUUGAAAAGACAUUUAUACAUAUUUAUUUUUCUGAUUCGUUUUACAAAUUUAUGCGGUAGACUUGCUUGUACCAUUAUUUCAAAAUUUUCUUUUCAGUGUUUUUGUGUAACGACUAGACAGGAACAAAUCCAUGCGGGUGACUGAUGAAAAACAACACGUAAUUGUGAUUUGGUUACCUACACGGCUGCUUUGAUUUUCAACUGUUUAGAAAUUUCUAAAAAUCCAUAGAGAUUCUUUAAGGUUCUUUAAUUCACAGCAGUUUUGCUAGCAUCCACAACUUUUGUGUACUGAAUGUAAAACUGUCUAAUGACAAGACAUGUGGGUGACAAAAGAAAACCGAGACGGCAUUGUAAGUCUAUAUGCAACGAGUUGCAUUUAUGACAUCUAAUGGUUACAUAACGUUAUGCUCUGGUUUAUAGACAUGGCACUGUUGGAUUGCUUGAAUAAUUUUCAUAACGGGUUCGUGCGCACUCGCGCGCACGCACACA